AUGAUGCCUCUCUUCCAGUCUCUGCAGGCAGAGGUCAGCCGUCUCCGUGUGGCAAAGUAUAGGAUAUCUAUCCCAAGGGCUGAUGUUGCCCUUGACAGCGAGUGGAUACUUCCCAAAGAUUGCAAUGCAAUUUCGUUCUCGCGGGAUUUCGCAUUGAACACGAAAGUGUGGGCAAACGCGCGGCCACGCACUGUCGAAAAACCAUUGGAGGAGUUCUGGGCUGAACGCUUCUUGAUCGCCGAGAAAGACACUUCACGGGCACAGGGUCAGCGAAAGAGCCGCGGUAGCAUCAUGAAUGAGGCGAGAUUCGACGCGCAAGAUCUCGAGCUGCUGCUCCCUGCAAUCGGUGACAAGAUGGCGUUCGACCUUGCUAGCCAUUAUUUCAGAGCCAUGCAAGCAGCGACUAUGGCUGUUCUAUUCAACGAGUUCGAGAUACAGCUAUGCGAUCCGGAUUUGAUCGAUGCAGCGAUGCCUGAGUUGCGGGAGUCGGCUUUUGGACUGGUGCGUCCGAAGGAGAAAAUAGCCGUGCGCAUACGCAAACGCAGGGCUGUCAAGGAGCAGUGA